CAAAUCGUUUCGCCGUCUCGUUGAGUCAGUCGAGCUCUUGCGCGCUGAGCGAGAGGUCGAACCUUCCCCGCGUUCUCUGAAUCAAUACAACAUUGAAGUUGAGAAUUUUUCAUUGGGCUCUUGAUAAUUCUCUCGUCACUGAAAAUUAAAAUUUCACUUGACCUUCUGGGAGUUCAGGUGUCAACUCUUUCUGGAUUAAAUUCAACGACAUUUUGUGCUCAAGUCACGCAACUGUUGGAUUAACUGUGCAAAGUGGUGGAAGAAGUGGAAUUUUAUUUGUGAUUGUAUUGAGGAAAAGUUCAUUGAUAUUGAACAAUGGUGACUGGAGUGGGUGCUACGAUGCCCUCGGGUGGUGUUUCGGUGGGCUCAACACCACCAGCACCACACGUGCCGCAGGAGGCUGGACAGCCGCCUGCGCAAACUAAUACAAGUGGAACGAGUACCAGACGAUCUGGCGAAAAUAGACGGAGUAAUAAACCUAUUAUGGAGAAGAGACGACGAGCCAGGAUUAAUAAUUGUCUUAAUGAGCUUAAGACACUCAUUCUUGAUGCCAUGAAAAAAGACCCAGCGCGCCACUCAAAGCUCGAAAAAGCGGACAUCCUAGAGAUGACAGUGAAACACCUAGAGACCCUCCAGCGUCAACAGGUAGCCCUGGCAGCGGCAACCGAUCCAUCAGUUCUAAACAAAUUUCGUGCUGGUUUUACGGAGUGCGCGAGUGAAGUUGGCAGAUUUCCCGGUCUCGACGCCUCCGUAAAACGUCGUCUGAUGUCCCACUUGGCAUCUUGCCUGGGACCAGUAGAGAGUACCACGACCUCCCAGUCGACGCCAGCAGUGGUCCAGCCAUCGCCGCCAACAACGCAACUCCAGGUUCACAUUCUGCCGCAAGUGGACACAACCCCGCGCAUCCAAGUGCAGCAGUCCAACGGCAUCUUCUUCACGAAUGCCAACGGUACCGGUCUCCAACUGGUGCCAACGAGGCUCCCCAACGGCGACAUCGCCCUGGUAUUGCCAGCAGGUGCAAAAGCGACCCCAGUGACGUCGCCAGCCUCGUCCCCAGCGCCGUCGUCGCCCCUGCCAACGCUCAUACCCAUCCCCCAGAGGACAGCAAGCACAGCGUCCGCCUCGUCCUCAACCUCUUCAACGAGCUCGACGUCCACAUCGGCUGCGAGUCCUGUCGCCUUCGAGGCGCCACCAUCCAAUUUUCGGGAGCAAUCGCCCGCCUACACCACGAGCCACCGAGACGUCGCGACAUCACCGGCUAAUGGCUACACCAGCGAUCCCGAGUUCGAUGCCAGGGCCACCCUCUACAGCCCACCCCUCCAGAAACCCCUCGCCCUCGUCAUGAGGAAGAGCGUCAUGCCUGAGAUCGAGGGCAAGCCCUGGAGGCCCUGGUAAACCGUCAUCUAGGUGCACCUGUGCAGUUUUGUGUUCUCGAUGAACUAGUGAUCCUACCGAGGGGGCAAUCACUCGUGAAAUUUCGUGGACGAACAAUGUUAACCCCUCGCGGGGUCAGCGCGUGCUAUCGAGCCAUGCGAAUGUGAACGCUUGUUUUCAAAAUUAACUAUUUCCAAAUCUGAAGAAUAACUUGAUCACACAGACAAAAUUGGAAAGCGGAAUACUGUAGCUUCAAUUAGAAAUCGGUUUCAUAAUUUUUCGUUGAUUAGAAAUGAUCGAAUUCAACACGCUUGGUAACAGAAGGGCCGCGGCCGUGAGGGGUUAAAGUGCCGUGAAAUGAGGAAAGGAAGACUUCAGUCGCUCGGAAGUAUAUGAAAUAUCGCAGAGUGUCUUUGGGGGCUUGGGGCAUUUGAAUUCCUUGAAAUCCGGUGGUACGAGUUCAUUCGGAGUGAUUACCCCCUUGGGUUCUACUGACUGAAGCCGCUAGUCGGUCACGUCGCAAGUCGUUAAUGUUUAUUUAAAAGAAACAACGGUUUAAAGCUCGGGAAGCGUUUAAGGGUUGUUAGAUUUAGUUUUUAUUAUACGCUGUCAAGAUUAUUCUUUUCAAUGGUCAGUAGCCUAUGAGGCUGUGCCUUAUACAGUGCCUUGUACAUAGUUUCCUCGGUUGAGAUUAAUUUCCAUGAGUUUUACAGAAAUAAUUCACGAUUAUGAUGAGUUUGGUGGGUGUAAAUAGAUGAUUUAGAGUUAUCGUUAUGUUUAAGUGCCUUACGCAACAAGAAUCACCGAUGUCUUCCAUUAAUUCAUUUUUGCGUUUCUUGUAAUGUAGAUAGAUGUUGGGAUGUAGUUACGCCGGAGGAGUGUUGAAUAAUGAAUACAAAUGUGUGUAUAAUAUUUCAGAGGAAUGAGAGUAUUGGGGAUUUUUCAUUUUGUAUAUUAUUGUACUAAGUUUAGAUUCUACUUACGUUUAAGGAUUUAUGGAUGUUUAUCAGAUUUGUAUGGAAGGUGAUAUUUUUCCAGGGAGAGAGAGUGUUCUUAUUUAUAUUUAUGAGUGCAAAUUGAGAUGAAGAUUGAGUUUAUAAGGUUAUUGUGAGGAUAAUAGAACAACACGCUUAAUAAUACUUUACGAGUAUCAAAAUAAAUAUUGAUCUCUGUUCAAACUUA